GGCGGCGGAGGAGGAGCCGGGCCUGAGGCGGCGGGAGCCUAGAGCGACGGCAGGCGGAGGCCCGUCUGCGGAAGAACUGUCUGGGGUGGAACCCAUGCCACAGUUUGGAUCACCGAACUCCAGGUGAAGCUUGAAGCUUCCCUCCUGACGAUGGGCAGCUUUCAGCUACAGUGACUUGGAAAGGCAAGACUGCAAGAAAUUGAUUUUUCCCAGCUCCGAUUCCUAGAUCCCCCUGUCGGCAAAAUGAGCGUCAAGGCCUUUAAGCUGGUUUCUGUCAUCGAGCGGGAGCUGCUGAUGGGCGACAAAGAUCGCAUCAACAUCGAGUGCAUCGAGUGCUGCGGGAAGAACCUUUACAUCGGAACUAACGACUGCUUUAUCUAUCAUUUUCUGCUGGAGGAGACAUCGGCCACCGGGAAAGUCACUUUUUCUGCCACAAAGCAACGGCACAAAUACCUGGGCUUCAAGAAGCCGGUGAACGAACUGAAGGCAGCGUCGGCCCUUAACCGUCUGUUGGUGCUCUGUGACAACACCAUCAUGUUGGUGAACAUGAUGAACCUGGAACCCAUUCCUACGGGGGCUAGAAUCAAAGGCGCGGUGACGUUUGCGCUGAACGAAAACCCCGUGAGCGGAGAUCCCUUCUGCGUGGAGGUGUGCAUCAUCUCUGCCAAACGCAGGACCAUCCAGAUGUUCAUGGUCUAUGAGGACCGGGUCCAGAUCGUCAAGGAGGUGUCCACCCCGGAGCAGCCCUUCGCCGUGGCCGUGGAUGGCCACUUUCUGUGUCUGGCGCUCACCACGCAGUACAUCAUUCUGAAUUAUAACACCGGAGUCUCCCAGGACCUCUUCCCGUAUAGCAGUGAAGAAAAGCGACCCAUCGUGAAACGGAUCGGGAGGCAAGAGUUUCUGUUGGCAGGACCAGGAGGGUUAGGCAUGUUUGCAACUGUAGCUGGGAUUUCCCAACGUGCCCCCGUUCAUUGGUCAGAGAAUGUGAUUGGUGCCGCCAUAUGCUUUCCGUAUGUAGUAGCUCUAGACGAGGAAUUUAUUACAGUGCAUAGCAUGUUGGACCAGCAGCAAAAACAGACCCUGCCUUUUAAAGAAGGCCACAUUUUGCAGGAUUUCGAAGGAAGAGUAAUUGUAGCCACCAGUAAAGGAGUAUACCUCUUGGUUCCAUUGCCCCUGGAAAGGCAAAUUCAGGACCUGCUGGCAAGCCGGCGAGUGGAAGAAGCUUUAGUUUUAGCAAAAGGAGCAAGAAGAAACAUUCCAAAAGAGAAAUUUCAGGUAAUGUACCGAAGGAUCCUGCAGCAGGCAGGAUUUAUACAGUUUGCCCAGCUUCAGUUCCUAGAAGCUAAAGAACUCUUCAGAACCAGCCAGCUUGAUGUCCGGGAGCUGAUCUCUCUCUACCCCUUCCUGUUGCCCACUUCCUCUUCAUUCACCCGGUCUCACCCCCCCCUUCACGACUACGCAGACCUGAACCAGCUGACUCAAGGGGACCAGGAGAAGGUGACCAAGUGCAAGAAGUUCCUCAUGAGCUACCUGAACGAGGUCCGCAGCACGGAAGUGGCCAACGGCUACAAGGAAGAGGUGGAUACGGCGCUGCUCAAGCUCUACGCCGAGGCGGACCACGAGAGCCUCCUGGACCUUCUCGUCACAGAGAACUUCUGCCUUUUAACGGACAGCGUGGCCUGGCUGGAGAAGCACGGGAAAUAUUUUGCACUUGGACUCCUGUAUCAUUAUAAUGGUCAGGAUGCUGCAGCAGUUCAGUUAUGGGUGAACAUCGUUAAUGGUGACAUUCAUGAUGCGACCCGUCCAGACCUCUACGAGUACAUCGUUGACUUCCUUACCUUCUGCUUAGACCAAGAACUCGUGUGGAAAUACGCCGAAUGGGUGUUGCAGAAAAGCGAGGAGGUUGGCGUUCAGAUUUUCACCAAGAGACCUUUGGAAGAACAGCACAAGAACAGUUUUAACCCAGACGAUAUCAUCCACUGCCUUAAAAAAUUUCCUAAAUCUAUUAUAAAAUAUUUGGAACAUCUAGUUGUGGAAAGAAAAGUACAGAAGGAAGAGUAUCACACCCACUUAGCUGUUCUGUACCUGGAAGAGGUACUUCGUCAGGCACCCAUGGCCAACGGCAACUCCGUGGAAGUGAGUGAAAUGCAGGUGAAACUACGCAGUCUGCUUCAGAAAUCGGAUCUGUACCGCGUUCACUUCCUGUUAGAUAAAAUUCAGGGAACCAGUCUCCACCUAGAAGGCGCCAUAUUGCACGGGAAGUUGGAAGAGCACGACAAAGCUCUGCACAUUCUAGUCCACAAGCUAAAGGACUUCUCCGCUGCUGAAGAUUAUUGCUUGUGGCGCUCGGAAAGCAAAGAUCCACCCUACCGACAGCGGCUCUUCCACAUGCUGCUGUCCGUGUACCUCGCCCCAGGACCUUCUGCCUCGGAGCUGGUCCAGACUGCCGUCGACCUCCUGAAUCACCAUGCCGCCGAGUUCAACGCAGAACAGGUCUUACAGCUGAUUCCCGACACCUGGUCCAUACAGCUCCUCUCUCCCUUCCUGGCCGGAGCCAUGAGGGAAAACAUUCACACCCAGAGAAUGACUCAGGUGGCAGCGGGCUUGGCCAAAUCUGAAAACUUAAUCUACAAGCAUGAGAAGAUAAAGCUGAAGGGAAGUCCAGUUCUGCUCUCAGAGAAGAAGCUCUGUCAGAUGUGCCAGAAUCCCUUCCACGAGCCUGUUUUUGUGAGAUACCCAAACGGGACUGUGGUCCACACCCACUGUGCUGCGAGCAGACACACGAACCCUAGCUUGAACACAUCCAGCAAUCGGACUUGAAAGCCACGGCCCAGGAUGCUCUGGAUGUGGGAAUUCUCCCUUUUUACCUGUGUGCCGUUCAAAGGGAGCGAAUGGCCGUGGUUCCCAACGAGGAUGAAGAGAUCACACCCGAGGUUUAUGGGAGGAUUUCAGGAAAUGUGAAACGUGGGCCCUUAGCUGCUGGUCCAUUUCUAUGAAUGUAAAUGAAAAAACACUUUAGCAUUAAUGGAAACAUUCAGGAGUUUACCCGUCCAUAGUCAUCAAAUGCAAACAAUUACUUUCUUCUAGAAAAAGAAAAUGAGCCUUUCCUUUGCUAUUACAGCAAACAGUGGGGAGUUGGGAUUGACACACACAAAUCUCAUGGGGUUUUUUGUUCGGUGGUUUUUUUUGUUUUGUUUUUUGAGGGGCGGGGCAAAGAAAUCUGCAUUUGCACUGAAAACAUCUGGCUUGUAAUGUGACCUUAAUGAUGGGAAAGUUAAUCUCUCUGACCCAACUAAUGGUCACUGAGACUCCCAUAAAGGAAUCUGGGCUCCCAGUGUGCUUACUGAUCAUGCUAGCAGUGGGGUGUCGGCCAUGCUCGAGGACCAUAUCAAUUUUUCCAGGAGUGCGUUCAGGCUCCUUCUGGACUCUACAUAAGGUUGGCCCUUGGCAAGCCCCUUUCUUCUUUCUUCACUCUCCCGCUCCCUUCUCUUCCUUCCACAUCCCUGCCCACCAUCCUCCGUUGUGUAGUCUGACCAACCCAGUUAUCCACGGUCCUGUUUCUGACCCCUGAGUAAUUUAUCAUUGAGUGCUGCAGGUAAGAGGUGAGAGUUGGUGGAAAUGGAUUCACUUACAGUGAAGUGGCUUUCAGUAUUCAUAAAGAUAACAGCGCUAAUAUGGCCAUGUUAUAGUGCAGUCAAAGCCCUAAUGGUAUUACUUCAUUUACUAUCAACUAAUCUCUUGAUGAUUCCCAAGUUUGAUGGGAAGACUUUGCUUUGUCUUUAGGUCAUGUGGGCUUUAAGUGUUUCUUCUGCUCCACACCAAUCUGAUGGAACUUGUUAGUCAAAUUAGGGGUGACUCUUCUUGCUUGCCUCCUCGCCAUCGCUUUGAAAAUUAAAAGGAAAGCACUCGAUGGGGCCAACCCCAUAUUGUUUCCGUGGGAUGCCGGUUUUGACCUGGGAAAAACAUCUCCCGGAGGCUGCACUUGCACAGAUGGAGAAAUAUUUACCGUGAGCAUUUUGCCCCCAACACCGUAGAAAAAUAUCACAGCCUUACCUCUCAGUAGCUCGACACUUUUCUUAAAUUUAUUAAUAAAGCAUGGAAAUGUCUAUUUUAUUCAAAAAGGAUUUGUAAUUCAUUGUGUGUUCCUUCACUAACAUAACUGGUGGUCUGAAACAAUGAUUAUAACACCCCCUUGACCUUAUUCCGGAUUUAUGACACUAAAAGGACCUGGUAAUAAAGAAAAUUAUGCACCAUUAUUCUGUUCUGUAAAUAUUAAUCUACUAUUUGAGACACAUGAUACUGAGAAACCUUUUUUUAUAUUUUAGACCGUGUUUGAGUUAUAGCAAAUUUGUUCCCUGUAACGCUGAAGGCAAAUUUCUAAUCAUGGUUGAUAUUUCCCCAUCUUGUUAAUGUCUGCCCAUUCUGUGAUUUUCCCCCUUCCCCCAAUACACACACACACACACUCCCCCACCCCCCGGUUAUACUGAAUAGACCAAAAUUAGCUGCUAUUAUGUUCUCCCUAGCUGUAGCCCCUUUCUCUGUAGAAUAAAUGAUUAAGAAUUUUGCUCUGCAGCUUUGACUUGGACACUUUGUAAAUUGAUUUUGUGAUGAAUUCAGAGCCCGUCUGUGACUUUUUGCCCAGCUGAUGACUAGGUAGCAUACCAAAUGGUCAUAUCUUAGCACUGCACCCUGGUUAGGAUUCGUGGAUUUGAAUGCAUAUUUCUAGAAGAACCAGUGGUGGCAUAUGCCUCAUUGCACCAGGAAGUCCUCUUCUUGUACAUGAAAUCAGAGUGUUGAAAAGCCUUUUGCGGUUGUACAGCCAGAUCUGACUGGAGGCUGCCCCCUUCAAUGGUCACGGGGCAUCAUCCAUCUUCACAACAUCCCUUGGGGUGUGAAGGACAGAAAACCAUCGCAAGUUCUUCGAUUUUAAAAUUUCAAGUCUUGGCAGGAAGAAUGUUGCCUUUUUACGUUGGAAGUACCAUUCGCUCUCACUCCUGGUAGUAUCCUCUCUCAUAUUUUUUAAAUUAACGAGGCAAUACUUUCCAACAGGAUACCUGCUGCUUUGCUGCUGCCGCCCCUGCUGUUCCAGAGCAAUUAGAGCCAUCCGUCACUUGUUUCAAUUACUGUCUAGGAAGCCAUUCUGGGUCAGGCAGCCCAGUCUGAAUCUGUUUAGGUGAAUAUUACAGAGGCAGUGGCGUGUAAGUGUGUGUCAGUGGCCGCUUAUUUGCUCUCCCCCGGGGAAGUACUACUGUUAAAAUAUCACACGUUUGCUGUUGAGCAUCUGAUUCGACGGUAAGAGCUUAUGCCAAAGAACAUUUUAUAACGCACGGCUAGACUUUUAGAAAGAGGGGGAAGGGGCGGCUGCUAGCUGUGAUGUGUUUGUACAUUUCUGCCUGAUGGCACGACUCAACUCCUGUGUUAUGCUUGCUCUGCUUAUAUCCUUUACCUGAACGCUCUGCUUCUCAAUAACAGCCUGGUUGUGUUGGUGCUUAGAGCUGAAAGUAUGUAGGAUGUACUAAUGCUCACUUUUGGGUUUUAUUAAAAGUCGUCUAAUUCUU